AUGGUCCACAUCCCGCGCUUUGCGCGCCUCUUCCUCCUCGCCGCGGCGGUCAUCACCCUCCCGACGCUGUACCUGUUCUACCCGCACGAGUUCUCGCCCAGCAGCGAUAUCGACGCCGGCGGCAUCGACCAGGAGCACUUCCGCGAGCCCGUGCCCCAGCAUGUGCCCGACCGGGGCAAGCACCAUGUCGUCGAGGACGAGGAGCCGCGGAAUAACUGGGAGGCGGUGGUGUUUGACGCUGCGGACGGCGGCAACAAGGACGGGGCGGCGACGGCCAAGGACGCGAGCGACCAGCCACCUGCACCACCUGCCGCGGCCGACCCGCCGCGCAAGGCCCACGGGAACAAGAACGCGGCGGCGAACAAGGCCGGCUCGGGCGGCGCAGACAUCUCGAAGGACACGCUCGGCGGCGGCGUCAUCAUGCCGCAUCUGGGCAAUGCGACGGCCAAGGCUGAGCUCGGUCGUGCCGCUUGGCGAGUCCUCCACCUCAUGACACUGCGUUUCCCCGACAAACCAACCCCCGACGACCGCGAAACCCUCAAGUCCUACUUCCACCUCUUCGCCCGCCUGUACCCAUGCGGCGAGUGCGCCGCGCACUUCCAAAAGCUGCUCAAGGAGUACCCUCCGCAGACGUCGUCGCGCAAGUCGGCGUCGCUGUGGCUCUGCUCGCUCCACAACAAGGUCAACGAGCGCCUCGGCAAGCCAGAGUUUGACUGCCUCACCCUCGACGCGACGUACGACUGCGGCUGCGGCGACAACUCGACCAACACGACCACGAGGGCGUCGUACAGCGCUACGGGCAACACGGCGCCGCUGCCGACCGACCCGAUGCACGAGGACUAG